AUGAGCACUCAAGAUUUAGCAGAUGACGGAAUCAUAAGUCCGCACAGUGUUUCUGACGAGAUGGCAACGGCGCAUAAUCGGUCUUGCAUAGCCAAGAAUGCAGUUCCUUCCAUCUCUAGUACACAUUCGAGAUCGCUUUCCUCAACCAAGCCUGGCCCUCCGAUCCCAGCAAACCUUCUACCUGCGGCGCCUGAAUCCCCCCCUACUCCAGCUCCGAGUCCGACCCCUCACCAAAGAUCACCGACUUGGCCGACGACCGUAGAAGAGGAUGAAGAUGUUUUGUUGAAUACUCAGAUGCACUUCGCCUCUUUAACCAACGCCAAGAAGCAAAAAUUCCUCGAAGGACUUCUCGGUCUAUGUGAUCCUCAGCAGCUCAGCUUUGUCUGGAGUUUCGUUGUUCCCCGAUUAAGGAAAGACCCCUUCCAGGUUUUCCCGAACGAACUAUGUUUGCGGGUUCUCUCGUUUAUCGAUGAUCCGAAGACGCUAGCAAGAGCAUCACAAGUUUCGAAAAGAUGGCGCGAACUAUUAAACGAUGACAUCACCUGGAUGAACCUGUGCGAGAAGCAUUCAUAUGCCUACCAACGACCUUCAGAUGACGAUCGAGACAUUGUGGACCCUGCUGACGGCCAGCCUCUCCAUGCUGUAUCUCCCACUCAUUCGCUGAGCGCGUUGCAGAGCACGUCCACGGUGUCCAGCCUCCAUUCUCGGGACGGCUUUCCGGGACUCCCACGUUCCUUAUCUGGAGACUGGCUCUCCUCAUCGAGCUACUCGUCCCGGAGACGGCGGGUCCGACCCGUAUCAUACAGAUCGCAUUUCAAACAGAGAUACAUGGUUGAAUCGGCUUGGAAUAAAGGCGGGCGCUGCACGCAAAGACAUAUGAGCCCUGAUCAGGGAGUGGUUACGAGCCUCCACUUGACUUCGAAAUAUAUCGUGGUUGCGCUCGACAAUGCCAAGAUUCAUGUGUAUGAUACCAAUGGAGACAACCAGAAAACCCUUCAAGGCCAUGUAAUGGGCGUCUGGGCUAUGGUCCCAUGGGAUGAUAUUCUUGUAAGUGGUGGGUGCGAUCGAGAAGUCCGGGUGUGGAACAUGGCCACAGGGGCUGCAAUAUACCUAUUGCGUGGCCACACGUCCACAGUGCGCUGUUUGAAAAUGUCUGACAAGAACACGGCUAUUUCCGGCUCACGAGACACGACCCUGCGGAUCUGGGAUCUCUCCACAGGCACUUGCAAGAACGUUUUGGUCGGACACCAGGCAAGUGUUCGUUGCCUAGCCAUACAUGGCGAUCUUGUCGUUUCCGGCAGCUACGAUACCACGGCACGAAUCUGGAGCAUAUCUGAGGGACGGUGCCUGAGGACUUUGUCAGGUCAUUUUAGCCAGAUAUAUGCGGUCGCCUUUGAUGGCAAGCGCAUCGCAACAGGUAGUCUGGAUACUACCGUACGCAUGUGGGACCCCGAAACCGGACAAUGUAAUGGCAUCUUGCAGGGCCACACGUCUCUGGUUGGACAAUUACAGAUGCGUGGCGAUACGCUGGUUACUGGAGGCUCCGACGGCGCAAUCCGGAUAUGGUCGCUGGUUACGAAUACACCCAUUCAUCGGCUGGCAGCGCAUGACAACAGUGUGACAAGCCUGCAGUUUGACAGCUCUCGUAUCGUUAGCGGUGGCAGUGACGGACGUGUCAAGAUCUGGAGCUUGGAGACUGGUCAACUACUGCGGGAACUAUCUACCCCGGCCGAGGCUGUCUGGAGAGUAGCAUUUGAGGCGGAGAAAGCAGUCAUAAUGGCGAAUAGGUCAGGGCGGACGGUCAUGGAGGUAUGGAAUUUCUCGGCGCCGCCCGAAGAUAGCGGGGACGAAGCCGCAAUCGAAAGCACUGCCAGCACGCCAGGGCCUUUCAUGAGCCCAGUUGAAAAUCGACACCGAGAACGCUUUUCUGACCCCCAUCCCACGCUGCCCAUAAGCAGUGAUAACGAUCAUUCAAUGUGUGACGAGGCGCAUCCUGGAUGCCGCAACUGCGCUGUCUACGGAGAAUCAUGCCCGGGGUACCGACCAGACACGAUCUUCAAGAUCGAGACGGGCCAGGUCAAAGGAAGUAGGAAGGGCAACAAGCCUUGUCCCGCCCAUGGCGUUCGAGAGAGAGUUCCCGAUGGUACCCAACGCAUGUCUUCUCUGUCCAUAUAUCAGAACCCUGAGUCGCCAUGGAAGGAACGGGCAGUAUGCUUGUUCUUUGACCAAUAUACUGCUUGUGACAAGCCUGAAGGUGGCAGUCACCUGGGAUUUAUCCCGAGGUUGUAUGCGGGCUGUCAUCGAGGGCUAGGCGCCGUGGAGCCAGCGUCUUCGUGUCUGCGUCUCGCGGUUGACGCUGCAGCCUUGCUCACCUUGGGUAAUCAGGUCAAGGCGCCCUCGCUGGUCACACAAGCGAGACACCGGGUUGCUCUGGCGGCGCAAAGACUGCGUCAGGCGUUGGACUCGCCGAUCGAACGGGUCAAGGACGAUACCUUUGCAGCCGUGGUCAUUCUCGCACUCUUUGAAGAUAUCUCAGGCGAGCGGAAUGGGCUUGCGAGCUCCCACACUGUGGGCUUUGAAGCCCUUAUGAAGCUGAGGGGCGAGAGUCUACUCAACGAGCAGGGGCUAGAUAUGUUUAAGUUUGCAUAUGUUCACACGCGCAUUGAAGCUUUACUUUUGCGGCAGAAGCCACGCUUCAGUACUCAUGAUCUCGUCAUGCGUCUUGAUCCUGCCGAUCCUUUACAACGGCUGAUAAUGGUGGUGAACGAGCUUGAUCCAAUGUCCCUCGAGAAUCCCUUGACUUCAGACACCACCGAUCCUGGAGUCAUCACCACUCUUGCCUCCAGGAUACAGAUUUAUAGGGCCCUGGACUCCGAAUUAGCAGAGUGGAGUCGAAGCCUGCCGACCAGCUGGCUCCCUCACGCUUGCCGGUCGCAUACCGGCGAGGAUGUCUUGACCUACCAAGGGCAAUUCUCGGCGUCGAUCUGGUCCUACUAUCAUGCCCUUCGCAUAUUGCUACAGGUAACGAUCCUCGAAUUCGUCCAGACGUUGACCUCGCUUGUGCCUUCGAGCGGCAUCCAGCGAGAAGCCGUCCGACAGGAAGCCGAGGGAUCACGGUUGAUCCGAAGCUUAAUUGGCGAUACGUGCCGUGCGAUCCCGUUCUCGUUCGGGGCGAUCGAUCAGCUGGGCAACCCAUUGGCUUCGCAGGGGGCAUCGCAGAUUCGGGCCUUCAAUGUCUACCAUAUGAUGUGGCCUCUGUGGUAUAUCUUGACGUGCGGACAUGCGACGCCAGCCCAGGCCCAGCAGAUCCGGCGGGCGCUGGCGGAAAAGGGUUCCGAGGUCGGGAUCAAGUUGGCCCUUGUACUUGCUGGUGAGGGGGUUCAAGGCAUGAUGCCUUUGAUGUUUGGAUCUUUUGCGCCGAGUAGUGGGCCGCGUCUUGCUCUGGAGUAUUUGUGA